AAUUAAUGUACCUUUCUGUUUGGAUUUUGACGGAAAGAAGGAUGGCUGUGUGUGUGUGUGUUGGGGGGGGGGGGUAGUAAAGAAUUCUCCAACCGCAAAUUCUGAAGUCGACUAAUCCAGUAUUUGUGUAUGAGAAUGAUGGGAGUUUCUGAAUUUUGCUUUUACUGAUAUAAAGGCUGGUCUUAUGUUUGUAUCAGAGGGACUGAUUUCCUUGCUUCAAGUGCACCUGAUUGUCUUAAAUUAAGGUGGAAUGGUUGCUAGAUGAUGAGCCUGUGUUCUAUAAAUUUCUUGGUUUUUAGGAUAUAAUAAAUUAAACUAGUUGCUAUUGUCAAGUGUGCUAGUAUUGCACCAUUCGAAUCAUAUGAUGGCAUGAAAGAGAUAAAGCAACAUAGGAAACAUUUAAAGUAGGACAGCUGUAACUUACAAAAAAAACUCUACCAAUAUAGAUGAACAUGGUAAAAUCCCCCUAAGGGAAUUGAUAGGGGUAUUGUGUAAGAGGCCUACGAAACUCUAACUAGGUUGUAGGUACAUCAUUGUAGUGAAGAUGUUUCGUUUUUCUUCACUUUUGUUUUUUUCUCAUUACCUUCUAUAAAACUCCCUCUAAUUUUAUCUCCAUCCUUUUAUUUUGGUUUUCUCUUUACAUAUCCCUUGAUUUCUUGUUCCUUGUGUUUUCUCCUGUCUUACUUCCCUCACUUUUGCCUUUUCAUUUUUCCUCGUUGUAUUAAACUUAUUCCUUCACUUUUUUGUUCAUUUAUCAUGGAAACGAUCUCUUAUGACAAUUCAUGUCAGCCGAUCCCAAUUCUUCAAACUAAUUUUUUCACUAUUUUGUUCAUAUGUCCCGGAUAUGAUGCAUGUUAGCUGAUCCUAAAUCAUUCAUGUUCACUCAUUCACUUUUCAAACUUUGAAUUCAGCUGUAUAUGCCUUUGCUCCUUUGAGCUUGAAUUUAAAUAAUUAUUAUGUUUAGUUAUUUCUUCUAGCAAGCUUAAUUACAAUAGGAGUUCAAUAUAGAGUUUAGCUUGUAUCCUUGGCUUUGCAAUAUCUGUCAGUAAUGAGCUUUUACAUGAACUUAGUUUGGUUAUACUAUUGGCUAGUGUUAUUUGAGGAGUUAUUUGUUUUUGUUUUGUCCUGUACUCCUGUCUAUGAAAUACGGGCUUUAGUUGCCUCAACUCAAAUUCUUGAAGGAGAAUGAAUGAAAUGGAAAAAGAAGCGCACAUGUAGGAUUCUUUCAAUAUAAUGCUUUGAAGUUUACAUGUUUGGGAUUCAAUUUCUUUCAACUCUCUUGUUAUGUAAUAUUUGUGCAGGAUUCUUUUACGCGUUGCUUUAAAUCAAAUCCUCCAGGGCCCUGGAACUGGAAUAUCUAUCUAUUUCCUCUGUGGUGUUGUGGAGUUCUUGUUAGAUACUUGAUCAUUUUCCCAAUAAGCGUUCUUUGGUGAAAUUGAUCUGCAUUUUUUUUGUUGCAUCAUGGACGGGGGUGAUUAAGUAUCAUGGUCCUCGCCCAAGUAUGAGGCCUAAGCAGGUUUUUGUGGCCAACCACACCUCCAUGAUUGAUUUUAUUAUUUUGGAACAAAUGACUGCAUUUGCUGCCAUCAUGCAGAAGCAUCCUGGUUGGGUUGGAUUGCUGCAAACUACUAUCUUGGAAAGUCUUGGAUGUAUCUGGUUCAACCGUACAGAAGUAAAGGAUCGUGUUGAUGCAUCUAGAAAAUUCAGAGAACAUGCGCAUGGGGAUGACAAUAACCCUCUUUUAAUAUUUUCUGAAGGAACUUGUGUUAAUAAUGAGUAUAUCGUCAUGUUUAAGAAGAGUGCAUUUGAGAUUGAUGUCUCUGUUUGUCCUGUGGCAAUCAAGUACAACAAGAUUUUUGUUGAUGCCUUCUGGAACAGUAGGAAGCAAUCAUUUACCAUGCAUCUGCUUCAGCUAAUGACGUCUUGGGCUGUUGUUUGUGAUGUUUGGUAUCUCGAGCCCCAGACAAUAAAACCUGACGAAACUUCAAUUGAAUUUGCCGAGAGGCUCAUGAUCUCUCAUAGAGCUGGCCUGAAAAUGGUUCCUUGGGAUGGCUACCUGAAGCAUUCACGGGCUACAAUACUUUGAUAUAGGAAUAGAUGCUACUUUACUAUCCCAGGUGAUAUAAUGCAUUCUUCAAAUAUUGCUUCUAGUAUAUAAUGACUUUCCUAUUGCUUUUGGUUAUUUUUAUGGCCUGAACUUCAGAUAUAUUAUUGCUCACAUUUGUUCUCUCCUAGCAUGUAAUGAUGGGUGUUCUUUAGAAAUAGAAUAGCAUCUCUGUUUAUUUAUCAAACUCUAUUGAAAAGAUAACAUUAUGUUAAGUCUAUUUAUGAGUCAAACUAUUGACUUAGAAAAACCUCUUAAAACAUGUUCUGGCCUAUUGGUCUGCAAAGGAUAAUGAUAUAACAAUCAGUACCCUAACCCUACUGUGACACUUAUUAUACGUCAUGAUAAUGUAGCAAAAUCCGACUUGCUUUGGAGUGGUGGUGCUCCUAUCAUUUAAGCUUCAUCGAGUCUCGUCUUAUCUUCUUCUCUAAUUCUGUAACGCAUACACUGAUUCUAAGAGGGCCAUAAAAGGAGGAGAGAGACUUCACUAACAAAUGCUUCUGGAUACGGGCUUCUAUGAUUAGGGGAGCUUUUUUUUCAUUCUCCUGUUUUUAGAAAUUGAUAUUGGGGG